AUGGCCUCUUCCACCCCCCCACCCCCGCCCUCCGCGCCCUACAAACCCCGCUUCAUUGACAUAGGCAUCAACCUCACCGACCCCGUCUACAGCGGCAUCCACCACGGCACCCCGCGGCACCCCUCAGACCUCCCCGCCGUCCUCGCCCGCGCCCGCGACGCAGGACUAACGCACCUCCUCCUCACCGGCUCUGACAUCCCCACCUCGCACGCCGCGCUGGACUUGUGCGCAGAGCACCCUACUCUCCUCUCCUGCACCAUUGGGGUGCACCCCUGUUCCACCCAGACCUUCGAUACGAACCCCCUCGGUCCACAGGGUCUGCUUGACGAACUGCGCGAGCUGAUCCUCUCAGCGCCAAAAGAGGCAUUCGUCGCUAUAGGGGAAAUCGGAUUGGAUUAUGAUCGUCUCACCCUGUCACCCAAGGAGACGCAACUCACCUAUUUCCGCACACAACUCGACCUCGCCGCCUCUUUACCCUCUCCUCCCCCCCUAUUCCUCCACUCCCGCGCCGCGCACGAGGACUUUUUACACGAAUUGAUGUUGCGUGCUGAUAAGCUACCCAAGCGUGGUGUGGUCCACAGCUUCACGGGCACCGUAUCAGAAAUGCUUGAGCUCGUCGCAGCAGGCUGGGACAUCGGCAUAAACGGGUGCAGCAUCCGUGCCGCCGAAGGCAUCCACGUCGUCCGCGCCCUCCCCUUACAAAGGCUGCACGUUGAGACCGACGGCCCGUGGUGCGAGAUGCGUCCCACUCACGCAUCCGCCGCGUUCGUGGGUCCUAGUUACGACGGGCCGGGGAAGGAUGAUGAGGUAGCGAAAGAUGUGCUGGAGAGGGAGGCGGGGUAUAGGUGGGUAAAGAAGGAGAAGUGGACCGAGGGGGCGUUGGUGAAGGGGAGGAAUGAACCGUGUUUGAUUGGACGGAUUGUGGUGGCUGUGGCGAGGAUUAAGGGGGUGACGGUGGAGGAGGUGGCGGAGAUGGCGUGGGGGAAUUCGAGGAGGAUGUUUGGGUUUAGGGAGGUGGAGUAGGGCGUUGGAGAUGGUGGCGGGAGAGUUAGGAUAGAAGGAUAGAAGGGCAUAUUUAGAUGAAGUGGCCAUUGGCGAGAUGUGCGAGGAUAGACACAAGCGAUAGAGUGUACAUAAAGUACAGGCGUUACGUGCAUCUCACAUCACACCACAAUAUAUAGACAAAACACAACGAACAUAACUUGAAAAA